AUGUCACGGAGACUGUUGCUAGAUGAUGAGAUUGCGAAAGAGCUGGAAUUAUUAGUUAGCUUGCCAUAUGAUCCAGCGAAUUCCGAAGAUGAAUAUGAGUCUGACGAACAUGGUAAAGAGUAUAAUGUGGAAAAACUCAAGAAUCUUUUGGUGAAUUCAGAAGGUGAGCAAUCUAGCUCAAGUAGUAAUACAAAUAUAAACAUUCCGGAAACAAUUCCGUCACCAGUGACACAGGAGUUUCCACAAUCUUAUAAAGAUAAUAUUGAGUCACACAUUCAAAACACUUCAAUUGAGCAUUUUCAAAUAUCCAUACCAGAAAAUACACAAAUAGAAAUGUCUGUUGGUCAACAGAGCUGUAGUAGAUCUGGAAUUUCUUCAAAUGAAACAAUAGAAGAAAGCUCUGAAGAAUCUGAAUCAGAAGGUUCAUGGAAUAAAGCGAUGUGGUCUAAUGGAAACAGGCCACACUACUCAGUAUUUGACAAAAUAACUUUGGCACCUCGUAGUCCAAUAUCUUACAACAGCAGGCCUUUAGUAUACUUUGAUAAGUUUUUUACUAACGAAGUUUAUAACCUCAUAAUUGAGCAGACAAAUCUAUAUGCUCAACAGCAAAAUAUUCGGACAUGGUCACCGACUUCAAAGCCUGAAAUACAAGCGUUUUUAGGCAUUCUUAUAAUGAUGAGUUAUCAUGUUUUACCAGACUAUAAUCUUUAUUGGUCAUCUGAUCCGGGGUUCAGGGUUGAUGAAAUCGCCAAUGUAAUGCCAAUAAAGAGAUUCAAGGUGUUGCUACGAACAUUACAUUUGAAUGACAAUUCUAAACAGCCCCAGAGAGAUGAAGAAACGUUUGAUAAACUAUACAAAGUACGCCCAUUAGUAACUUUGAUAAAUGAGGCUUGUCAAGCAGCGGCGAAAAAUACAUCAUCCCAGAGCAUAGAUGAAUCGAUGAUAAUAUUCAAGGGUAGAUCAUCCUUGAAGCAAUACAUGCCGAUGAAGCCGGUAAAACGCGGCUAUAAAGUAUGGUGUAGAUGUGAUAGUAGCACGGGCUAUCUUUACGAAUUCGAUAUUUACACAGGCAAGCAAGAUGCUGGAACUGAGGGUGGAUUGGGAAGUAAGGUAGUAAAAAACUCACAGAAAAAUUAUUGGAUAUGGAAGAAGAGAAACAUGUGA